CGCUCUAUUUUUAUACACAUGCAUAACUUCAUAGACAAAAGGAUGGUAUCUUGAGUCUGCUGGCAAACCUUACCCUUAGGAUCAGAAAGGUGUGAGUUGACUGGAUUGUGGGGGCCAAGUGCCCAAGAGAAGUGUCAGCCACAGGAUAUUCACCUUGGUGUGUCUGAAGAUCAAGGAGUGAGAACAGUGACCAAUCGCUGUCCAGACAUGGAUGGUGACAGUUCUACAACAGAUGCUUCUCAGUUAGGAAUUGCUGGAGAUUACAUGAGUGGCAGUCAUUUUGUAAUACAGCCUCAUGAUGACACUGAGGACAGUAUGAAUGAUCAUGAAGACACAAAUGGCUCAAAAGAAAGUUUUAGAGAACAAGAUAUAUAUCUUCCAAUUGCAAAUGUGGCAAGGAUAAUGAAAAAUGCCAUACCCCAGACAGGAAAGAUUGCUAAAGAUGCAAAGGAGUGUGUGCAAGAGUGUGUAAGUGAAUUCAUCAGCUUUAUAACAUCUGAAGCAAGCGAGAGGUGUCAUCAAGAGAAACGAAAGACUAUCAAUGGAGAGGAUAUUCUCUUUGCCAUGUCUACCUUGGGAUUUGAUAGUUAUGUUGAACCUUUGAAGUUGUAUCUCCAAAAAUUCAGAGAGGCAAUGAAAGGAGAGAAAGGGAUUGGAGGAACUGUUACAACUGCAGAUGGUCUUAGUGAGGAGCUCACAGAAGAAGCAUUUACUAACCAGUUGCCAGCAGGUUUAAUAACUACAGAUGGCCAGCAGCAAAAUGUUAUGGUUUAUACAACAUCUUAUCAACAGAUCUCUGGUGUUCAACAAAUUCAGUUCUCAUGAUUUGAAGGCGGAUUUGGGAAUAAGAGACAAGAGAGCUGUACAACUUGUGAGAAGAGACAUUAGUUUAAAAAGACAAGAGAGUUGUCUCUCUGUACAUUAAAUAGCUGUAAUGUAGCUACCUGAGGCUUGACUAAUGGAGGUGUGAAUUCUGACUGAAAUCUUUUUUCAUGAAUUUUAAAAAAAUUGGAUUUUAAGGGUAUUGUUUUGUACAAGUUUGUUGCUCUGUAUAACUCCUGUAUGCAUUGUAUAUUGCAAUUUAUUACUGUCAGAGAUUUGUAGACAGUUUCUUAUUUUCAUAUUGAAUCAUGUUACUUUUGUAAUUCAAUUAAACAGCUGAGUUUAUUCAUGUUUACCCUUUGAAUAAAAUAAGGGUACAGUUCAUUUUGAAUGCAAGUUGCCUUUAUUAUAAAAUUUGAGUUCUUUGUUAUGUAAAUUAUCUUGCAUGUCUUAACUAGAUUUUUAAUGUUGAUAUAUUUAUUGCAAAUUUGAAAGGGAUUUUUUUCAUAAAACUCUAGCAGCUCAAAAUAAUUGUUUUUUUAAAUGUAACUUUAGAACUUAAUGUUAAUCCAGAAGCAAACAAUUGUUAAACCUGUUAAAUUUAGAGAUCUGGUGAUCAUCAUCAGGGUUUACUAUAAUUAAAAGGCUGUUUAUGCCUGAUUAAAGUAGUUUUUAUUUGAGAGCCUAAUAAAUAAAUAUGCUUGUAUUAGCUACUUUUUUCAAUUAACUUAACUCUGUACAAACUCCUGAAGAAUAACUUGUUAAAUUUAAAGUAGUCUUGAAGCUAUUUAAAUGAUAUACCCUUUCUUUUAUGCAUGGUGUUUGAAAAGCCAAAUCCUAAAAAUGGUUUCCUCAAGUGUUAUAGGGGGAUUUUAUAGUCCUGUGAUACAUAAUAUCCAACUUUUUAAACUGAAAUGUUAUAAUUUUUCCUAUGAGAUGGUAGGAACUCUCAAAUGUUUCAGAAACAGUGUGUAUGCAAGUAUGCAUGUGUGAGUGACUGAAAUGUGAAAUAAGCGAUAAAAAUCUUAAGUGAAAGACUCAAAUGUCUAGUUUGCUGUCUCCUUCCUAAUUUUUGCAAUAAACUGUACCUAGAUAAUGUAAUUUUGUAUAUUUAGUUAACUAUUCUUAGUAAUGUUGCUGGUUGGCUUUUCAAAUAAUGAAUUGGCUGGAUAAUCCUAUAGAUACUUCAGUGUCACUAUGUCAGUGUAAGGGUGGUAGUCUACUAGCAUCCCUGUUACUCAUACUGAGUUUGGAGACCUUUAAUAUUUCUAUUAACUUUCAGCUCACUGAAAUGCACUCCUCACUCAGCCAACCAUGUGGUUUUAAAAUUAAAACAAGCAAACAAAAACAAACUCUGUUGUGAUGCCAUAAUCCUCCUGGAGCUAUUUUGUGAAAGGCUAAAACCUUAAGAGCCUAGAUAAACUGGGUUAAAACAAAACAAAAAGAAUGAAACCUCAGUCAUGUGGUCCGAAGUUUUGAUGUAUCUUUCUUUGGUAACAAAGUCAACUUUAAAUGUAGGUUAACAGUAUGCCAAGGCAAGGGGAUGGACAUGGUCCACUGUGUUCUGUAGCAAGAUGAACAUGUUUUCUGUAGCAGUGUUCUCAGGUGCUGUGGCAGCCAAGUGUCGCUUUUGCGGGCACAAUGGCUAAACGUAAUAACUUAUUCCUACUAUUUAAUAAACUCAAGCAGUAUAUA